CGACAUCAUCGCGCGCACCCAAAAGCAGGGGACAAAACUCUGCUUUCCCAAGCAAACCCAACAGCUUUCCCCACUCCCACUCCCCAACUCCCCACUCCAGCCAGCAAUGACAGACGAUCCCGCCGCCGCGGGGACCGGCCGAGGAGCGCCGCCGCCGCCGCCGGCCCGGCCGCCGAGGCCGCUCUCCGUCGUGCCCGCCCUCCCCUUCUGGUUCUACCUCACCGCCGCGGUCUCCCUCCUCGCGCUCGUCCUCCCCCACCUCCUCUCUCCCCACGCCUCCCCUCCCCUCCCGCCUCUCCUCCGCCGCCACCUCUCCGACGGCCGCCUCCUCAAGCUCCACCCAGGCCCCGACCUCUUCGCCUUCACCUCCCGCCCCGCCGCCCACUCCGCGCGCCACCACCCCGUGCUCGUCCUCCCGGGCCUCGCCGCCGGAUCCUUCUCCUUCCGCCGCAUCCUCUCCUCCCUCUCGUCCCAUGGCCUCGUUGCCGCGGCCGUCGACCUCCCUGGGCAAGGCCUCUCGCCGCCUCCCGCCGCCCCUCCUCCACGCACGAACCCGCUCCGGGAGAUCAUGGACCGCGGCAUCUUCCACGCGUUCGAGCACCUCGUCGAGACCGGCGAGGUCCCGUUCCAGGAAACGGCCCCCGAGCCGUCCCGCUCCUUUUACGCGGCCAGCGAGGCGGCCGCGGCCGUGGCCCGUUCCGUGGACGCGCUCGGCCUCGCGCCUGUCCACCUCGUGCUCCACGACUCCGCCCUCGCCGCCGGCGCCGCCUUCGUGUCGGCCAACCCGGCGGCCGUGCAGAGUGUCACUCUGAUCGACGCCACUGCCACUUUGCCGGCUUUCCCGGCGGCCGUUCUCGGCGUGCCGGCGCUGGGGAGGCUGGUGCUGCGGGUGCCGGCAUUGUUCAAGGGGCUGAUGCGUCUGUCCUGCUCCCGGGGGGUGGAUGCAGAGGAGGCCGACGCGCUCAGGGCGGCGAUGCGGGGGCAAGGGAAGAGGGAUGCGGUGUUUGAGGCCUGGAAGGCCAUGAAUCAGAGCUUUGACCUUGCAGAGUGGAGGAGUUCUUCAGAGGAGGUGAAGAGGCUGCCGAUGAUGGUUCUGUGGUCGGGUUCUUGGUCGGAUAUGUGGAUCGAUGAGGGGAAGAAGGUGACCAAGGCGUUGCCGGACGCCAAGUUCAUCUACCAUUAUGGCGGCCGAUGGCCUCAGGUGGAUGCAUAUGAGGAAAUCUCAAAGUUGAUAGCAGAUUUUGUGACCAUGUUACCAACAACUGCGACAGAGCACCUGUCGCAAAAUAUGGACCAAUCAUCUGACGAACCAGCAGAUGCUCACAGCGAUCAUCCAGCUUUAUAAAAACCGUAACUACCAGAUUCAUGGUUAUGAAAUGCCUCACAAGCAUCCAUAUGACCAAGCGAUGUUCUUCUGCCUUGGACAAUUCUUAGCCUGUGCUGCUAGAAGGGGACGAUGGUCUUUUCUUUACAGCCCUGCUGUUGCUAUCCGUUCCCCCUUCAUGUAUGAUAUCUUCCCGUGAAAGUUUGAAAAAAAUUCACCUGUAGGGCCUCUUCUAUUCAUCUUUCAGGCAAUGCUGUCAAAAUGUAACUUGAGACUAUUUUGCCUCAGGGAAGUUCCUGUUAGGCCGCGCUUGGAUUGAGUGUAACUUAAUACAGGUGUGUGAAUUUUACAAGUGUAUUUUACAGGGCUAGACUAAUUUGCGGCCGGAAAAAAUACAGACGUACGGGGGCGUGUAUUUUUUACA